CAAGUCCAGACGAAGUCAACUUUCUUGCAUUGCUGAGUCAAGCAGAUAGGGACAACAUUUGGAAAGCCAUUUUCCGGUUUAUUCCAAGAAACCGAGCCGAGAAUAGUGUUUUUCGGCCUAAACUAUCCGGGAACAUCAUCCAUAAUGCACCAACUCAAAACCAGAGACACCCUUUCUGAAACCAGGGUCCCCGUUGGUAAGCAAAUCAUCCUCUCCUUCUUACAUCAUAUUGUUUUGCUAUGAAUUACAAAAAAACAAAAAUAAGAGGAUCAAUACUUUUCCGAUAUGAUAUUGGAAGCUUCAAAUACAAGAACUCGAGCUUUAGCUUCUUUGAAAUCGGCGAGCAAUGUAUGUAUAGGGUAUGUAAGUUGUUUCCUUUGGCACCAGCUUAAAAGAAAAACAUAUAAAUACCUUUUUUUGAAAAAAAAAACAUAUAAAUACAUAUCAUUAUGACACUGUUAUUAAAAAAAAAGAAUCACAAUGCAGAAUAUUUCGUUAUGGAAAAAUUACUUUCAACAAGCAUCAGGGUUUGUGUUUGUAGUUGAUAGCAUCUACAGAGAGCGAAUCGAAGAUGCCAAGAGUUUCCUUUACAUGGUGAUGGAUGAGGUAACACGAACAUCUUUAGCUAGUUGUAUAUAAUUAAUGCCAAUGCUUGAUUUUAGAUACAGGGGAACGCACCAGACAACGCGGCUGUUCUUGUUUAUAGCAACAUCCAUUUGGUUCCUGGUGCCAUGUCUGCUUCUGAGAUCAGUAACAAACUUGAUCUCGCUUCUUGUGAACCAAGAACGAGAUUUUUUUAUGAAAUUAGAUAGACUAGAAUCUUACACGAACCUGAUCAGAAAAGGACUAGAGAUUUUAAAACGUGAUUCUUUCCUUUUUCCGGAUUAGAUGUGUAUUUUUUCAAAGGCGGUUUAGAUCAUUAAAAAAGGAAAAAAUAGGAUCAGUAAAACCCUUAUAUAAGGAGGGUUAAUGUAUUCUAUUUUGUUUCAUUCACACAUAACACAUUCAUCAACGCUUUCUCAUUCAACAAAUUUAAGUUUCUCUUCUAUCAUACUUUGUGAUCUUUCUUGUUUAAUAAUGGCGACAAGAACGAGAAUCCUCAGCUUAGUGUUUGCAAUGAUGAUGAGCUUCACGGUUCUCUCGGGUUACAGCUCAGCCAAGAUCUACAAAGUUGGAGACUCCCAGGGAUGGACUGCUAAAGACGAUGUCUACUACGCUUGGGCAGAGAGAGACUAUAAGGAGUUCCAUGUGGGAGAUUCUCUCGUCUUCGAAUACGAUCCCAGCAUCAACGACGUGACUCAAGUCUCUGGCGGUUUGGAAUACGAGUUCUGCGACCUUUCUUCUCCUAAAGCUGUCUACAACACCGGACACGAUGUCGUGACUCUCAUGGAACCAGGUUUUCACUACUUCAUCACCUCAAACCAAGAACAAUGCGUGUUAGGACAGAAACUCGAAGUUCUUGUAGUCCAUGACCCUUCAAGUCUGGUUCCUCCACCAACAACACCUAGCAAGACCCUUCCCGUCGGAGAGACGUACAAGGUCGGAGACUCGGAAGGAUGGAAAGUUUAUGAUAGUGACUUCUACAACAAGUGGAGUGAGGAGAAACAGUUUCAUGUUGGAGAUAGUUUGAUUUUUGAGUAUGCUGAUGAAGUCAACGACGUUUAUGAGAUCAGCGGUGAUCUAGAGUUCAUGACGUGCGACCCAACAUCUCCUGUGUCUGUGUACAAGACGGGACACGAUCUAGUUAGGCUUACGGAACCAGGAGUUCAUUAUUUCAUAACCUCACAGUCUGGUUAUUGUGAAGCUGGUCUUAAGGUUCGAGUGAUGGUGGGACCACAACCCAAAGCUGUUGCUUACCCUAAUUUUCCCAAGAAGGUGGACUUGUCAGCUAUGGAGCGUCUCAACAACUGGUUACAGACAUUCAAACCCCAACCCCAUCAUUAAACCAGCUUGGAGCUCUUGUUGUCUCUUUCUCUUGUUGUCUCUUUCUCUUGUCUAGUUUAUUUGAUUCAAGAAGAAUUCAAUAAAAUUUCAUGUUUGACUAAACGUAACUGAAGCACAAAACUAUAAUACAAAUUGAAUAACAAAGAUGCCUUUAUUAAACUUAGCUGUUUUUUAUUGAAAUAAGGGAGCCUCUUCUUCUAUAAUGGUGUAUCAUAACAUUAGUUUCUCUUACAAAUAUAGUCACUUUAACUGGUUCCUUGAACUGGAACAGAGCCGUUCGUAUCUGUAGUAUUUUCCUCGGACGCUUUGAAGAUCGGACACUUGGAAGAAAGUGUAAGACAAUAUCAGGUUGUUGAUUCCGUCAUUCUUGGAUCAGUCACAAACUCAGGAUCAAUGUAGAAGAAGAAGGUCUUCGUAGGCUUUGAGUUUGCUUAAGAAAUAUCAAACAGAGCCAAUAACAAAAGGUAGUCACAAGCAGGUAUUAAAGACCAUGAAGAACGAGAAGGACCAAAAUGUGGAGACGAAGAGGAUCCUGUAAGAAUAUUUUAUAUUUAUAUAUGACCUAUGUGUCUAUUGAUUCAAUAUAAAUAUCAAGUUCAUAUUAAUGUUAUGGAUUCUAAUAUAAAAGAUGAUACUGUGAUGGAUUGGUUUCGAUUAAAGCAUUAGAAUCAGGUGUAUUGAUAACCCUCUUCCCUUACCUUAUUUAGUUAUGAAUGACUUCUUCAAUAAUGAUUAUAUAUCAUUUAGAUAUAUGUGUGUAUGGUUGUGCUUAUAAUAUGUUAAUCACAUAUAAAGAAUUGUUUGUGCUUGAAAGAGUAUUAAAGAAAAAGUGUGAUUAUUGAAAAGGCACUAUAGCACAUAUCUAUAUAUAUUGUCACGUGUGGUGGUGGUUACAAAAUAAGAGAAAAGUGACUUUUCUUAUAUGAGAGAAGAGUUACGAUUGUGUCGGUAUUACGUAAGAAACGUAUAAGCCAUCGUAAGAGAACAAAACGUGAUAAGAAGAGGUUUUAGAUUCCUUUGUCCAUCAAAGGGAAUCAUGAAGGAUUAAAGGCCAAAGGAAGGAAAAAAUCAAAUUGUGGAUUGAUGCAAAUACUCAACCAAGGAAAGCAUGGAUCAAGAUCCAUGUGAGAGAAAGAGAAGACGGCGAUGAAGAAGAGAAGAAGAUUGACACGUUCUUUAAGCUCAUCAAAAGUUAUCAAGAAGCACGGAAACGAAGAAGAGAAGAGUUGGCUGAAAAUUCAGGAGACGUGAAGAAGAAAACUAACGUCGGAGAGACAUCCGGUGCUGUAGUUCCGGCGUUUCAGCCGGAAGAUUUC